CGGAGCCAGGCGCGCGCCCGAGACACGAGAGUGGGUCCUCGCGGGCGGCGGCAGUGGCGCUGCGAAGAGCUCGUGAGGUUUUUUUUGGGGUUGUUGUUUAUUAAAAACAAGAAAGAAAGAAAGAAAGAAGGAAGGAAAAAAGACUCGGCCAGACCGGUUCACGGAAAAAGAGCGUCGAUAUCUGAGAGAAGUAGUCGCUGUGAACGCGCUCACGCCGGAUCCCCUGCUUUGCACAGACAGACGCACGGGACGCGGUAGUUAGAAGGGAAGCCCGGGAGUCCCGGGGAAAAUGGGGCUCUGAGGGUUCCUGUCCGCCCGCAGCUCGGCGGGAUGUUUCCUGGAAAGGAACAGAACUUCACUUUGUGUGGAAAAAUGAACUUUAACCGGGUGGCGGGACCGGGAACAGGCGGAUGAGCUCGCGGUCUUUUUCGCCUCACGAACUCUGUGUCUGUGGCUCAGACGAAGAAGACGGAUUUCUACCGGCAGAAUCCGCUCACGGAAGGGAUGAGUGAGUGAGGUGACGGUCGAAGAACCGUCAAGUGUGUUUCUCCUCACGGACUCACUGCCAGCCCAGACUGGGUGUGUGUGAUUGUGAGAGAGAAAGAGCGAGAACGGCCCGGGUGUGUGCGCUCACGCGAGUUCAACAACCGGCUGCGCGUGUCCGGACCGCGCUCCUCCUCUCCUCCGGGUGCCGUCCGGCGCGCGCCGCGCAGCACGCGAACAUGCUGGCCGCGCGGGUGACCCGCAGGUGGGAGAAGCUUCCCGGGAAGAACACGUUCUGCUGCGACGGCCGGGUCAUGAUGGCCCGUCAGAAGGGCGUCUUCUACCUCACGGUGGCGCUUAUCACGGGCACGUGCGCGCUCUUCUUUGGCUUCGAAUGCCCUUACCUGGCAGUGCACCUGUCCCCCGCCAUCCCUGUGUUUGCGGUCUUGCUCUUCCUGUUUGUCAUGGCCGUCCUCCUGAGGACCAGUUUUAGUGACCCAGGGGUGUUGCCACGGGCCCUGCCAGAGGAGGCUACCUUCAUCGAGAUGGAGAUUGAGGCAGCCAAUGGGAAUGUCCCUGCAGGCCAGCGCCCACCCCCUCGGAUCCGGAACGUUGAAAUCAACAACCAGAUAGUAAAGCUCAAGUACUGCUACACCUGCAAGAUCUUCCGUCCACCGCGCGCUUCUCACUGCAGCAUCUGUGACAACUGCGUGGAUCGUUUCGACCAUCACUGUCCCUGGGUGGGCAACUGUGUGGGCAGGAGGAACUACCGCUACUUCUACCUGUUCACGCUCUCCCUGUCGCUGCUCACCAUCUACAUCUUCACCUUCGACAUUGUCCAUGUGGUGCUGCGCUCCAUGGACUCCAGUUUUGUGAAUACCCUCAAGGAGACUCCUGGGACUGUGCUGGAGGUUUUGAUAUGCUUCUUCACCCUGUGGUCCGUAGUGGGCCUCACGGGCUUCCAUACCUAUCUCAUCUCCAUGAACCAGACCACGAACGAGGAUAUUAAAGGUUCAUGGUCGGGAAAGAAUAGAGUGCAGAACCCUUACAGCCACAGGAACAUUAUCAAAAACUGCUGUGAGGUGCUGUGUGGACCAUCCUACCCUAGCGUCUUGGAUAGAAGGGGGGUGAUGCUGGAGGCCCCACCUGCCACUACCACGGCUCCCGUCAAGAGUACCACCCCUGAGCCUCAGACCACAAAAACCACGGCCCCACUCAUUCCCAACGAGCACACCCCGGAAGAUGUCAAGCCAAGUAUAGAUACCACUUCUGACAAGACAUGCCCUGCCUCUGAGGAUGAGAAGCCACACCUGUCCCAGUUCCCACCCCUUGCAUCGCCGGACAGUGAUACAGAGGCCGCCCCCACCCAUGAGGUCUCUCAGUAGCCAAACUGGAGGGACGGAGAGGGCUGAGAAGCAACUUAUCUGAUGAGCAACUUUGAACAUGUGCAGAAAGACACUAAGAAAAAGCCCAGAUAAGAUGACCUCUAAAUCACAUGUGAGUCUGUAUCUAGUACCCAGGACUUCCCCUCGGAGGAGAACCGUUUUGGGAUGCAGGCUGUUUGUUCAUGUCCUGAAGCCUGAGUGAUGCACAAUGCUGACACAGUGGGGCUUCCCUGUGCCAGAACCUCACUUGUACACUAAGACAAAUGCACAUGAGGAACAGGAAAUAUGCAUUCUUUACCCAUUAGUCAACUUCUGAAAUUCUCCUGUGGACCUCGGCCAGUUGCCAACCUCAUGGUUUUAUUUCUGUUUUCACAUUUAGCUUUUACUUGCGUUGCGUUUUGGUGUUCUUUUAAUGAGCCGUGCUAAACCUUGGUCGGACUUUCAGGGUCCUGUCCUGAACUAGUGCAACUCUCUGAGGCACGUAGACAUUCCCUGCCCUAUGCAACUCCAAGGGGGACUAGCAGACAAAAAUGCUGCAGCCAGAUGAGGAAGUAGGGGGGGUGUUAAUGGGAAUGGGUGGGGCAGUUGAAGUGGUUUUAUAGGGUUACAAGCCCUACUGAGAUGUGAACAAGCAGGGGUUGUGUACCUGCUGCCCUCGAAGCGCAGAUGUACGUGAUGGCCGCAGGUUCAUCAGACUGUGAUCAGCUUUUGAACGUUGCCGGACUGUGCCGUGUUUGUGCUGGUUGUGACCGCAUCGUUGACUCCAACCCCCCUUACUGAUCACAGGGUUGCUGUCGCUGUGGCCUGAGCAUGGUGAAGAAACAUCCCCCAGUAACUGUGCCUUAAUGAAACGCUGCACUAUGUGCACAUGCGACCAACACCGUCAGCACUGGAGCCCGCUGGGGCACAUUAACCACGGUUUGACUACAUUUGCAUCUGUGAGAGGAUAAUAUGAGGUUAUCUUUUCAAUAACAAUACGAUGCAUAGUCACAAAAAGGGAGGCUAAAUAGCCAUUGUUGUAAUGUGUAAACGCACAGGACCUGUGUGCCGAGCCAAUCGUGGGACCUCUGAUGGAGGUCUGUGAGCUGCCAUCUGUAUGCUUGUGCUGUCGAGCCAAAUGUGAGCUUCCCCUCCAUGUGGUGCCACUCUCUUCGUGAUGUCACGACCUCAUGACUAUUUUCCAUAACCUUUUCUUUGUCGCCCCCACCCCGCCCUCCUCUUUCUCCCACCAGUUGAUGAUGGCUGCUCAAGCAUAUUUCUUGGUUUCAUGCCUGACUGAGUGCAGGGCCAAUGAACAGGAGGCUGGCUGAAUGGGAUGCUUGCAGCAGCACUUGAUUGUUGGCUGUAACUGCAGCUUGCUGAAGAAAGUGCUUUAAUGAUGCUCCCAGUAUGGCUGGAAAUUAAGCUUGACCCUGUUGCUGUGCUGGUGUGCUGCUGUAUCUCAGCCCCCGCGGUCCUCCAGUGUAAAGUGUUAAUGUGAUGAAGGUGGGAUUUUUUUUUUUUCUUCCCUGAAUAGUGCUUUCUCUGUGCACCCGCUGUCUUGUUUUCCGAUGUUGCGUUUCUGUAAGUAACCCUCCAUCUUCACGAAAACAGACGGAACAGUGGCUGACCUUCUGUCUAGCUGCUGCGACACCUUCCUCUGGGACUCGUCUAAGAACAGGAACACCAUGUUGAUGCUCUGCAACUUAUAGCAAGAGGGUCUCCUGUUCCUCAAAAGCACUCUAGGCUCAUAAAUCUGGAUUUAAUCAAGAUACAAUGAAGGAUUCAGUGUGUAUAACUAUGUAAUUAAAUCCCAAGCGGAUGGCAGUAAUGAUUAAUUGGACAGCAAUGAAACCGGACAUAGAGCCUGUAAGUUCAGGCCUGCUGGAUUUCUCGCAGAUUCUGACCAAUUCACACAACGGUGACAUAAACCUAUGUAGCUAUUUAUGUGCGGAAGAAAAGGGAACACAAAGGUUUUUUGUCAACCCUGGUUAUUUGGGAAAGUAUGAUCUAUAAAUGGAAAAUAUAAUAUAUAAAGUGUCUCUGGAUCUUAUCUAUAUUCACUUGGCUUUGUAAUACCCCUGUGACCUGUCUUUCCCUCUAUUUAUUUCAUUC